AUGUUUGGCAACACGAACCAGACCGGUUUCGGGUUUGGCGCGAAGCCCAGCGGUGGAUUUGGCCAGACCAGUGGGUUUGGAUCAGGCACCAGUACUGCUGGCCAGCCGGGUUUUGGUUUUGGCUCCCAGCCGGCUGGACAGUCGACCUUCGGCCAGAGCACCACGGCGCCCCAGGGCGGAUUGUUUGGCAAUUCCGCGCAAAAGCCGACGUUUGGUACAGGGGGGUUUGGCUCAAAUACUGCGAGCACGGGUGCUAAUACGGGCGCUGCCGCAGGCACCAGCAGUGGUUUUGGAACGGGGUCUACGAACUUUGGAAACACCACUGACGGGUUUGGAUUUGGACAAAAGCCUCAGAGCGGGACUCAGACUGGUCUUUUUGGAUCCUCAACCACGGGCGGUGGCUUGUUUGGCAAAAGCCAGGCCGCGGGAGCCCAGAACACACAAGGAACCGGAACUGGGUUGUUUGGUCAACAGGGAACCAACCAAGGAAGUACCGGCGGUUUAUUCGGGCAGUCUAAUCAGGCUGGGCAAGCUGGAGCACAAGCUGGAACACAAACUGGAGGUUUGUUUGGCGGAGGUCAAUCUGGACAGACCGGGAGCCUGUUUGGACGACCCCAAACUCAACCAGGUCAAACCGGGCAAACCGGUGGCUUGUUUGGACAAACACAAACCCAGCAGACCGGUAGUCUUUUUGGCCAAUCUAAUGCUCAGCCUGCACAGACAGGCGGGUUGUUUGGCCAGCCUGCAACUCAACCGACACAAAACGGUGGUCUUUUUGGUCAAUCCUCGACUCAACCUACUCAGACUGGUGGUCUUUUUGGCCAAAGCCAGCCCGCUUCUCAAAAUACCGGCUUGUUUGGCCAGGCCACUAAACCAGCUACCGGUGGGUUUUUUGGUUCGGCUCAGCCGGCCCAAACGGCACAAACUGGUCAAUCUGGUGGACUUUUCGGAUCAAGCAACACAGCAACAACCGGUGGUUUGUUUGGGGCCAAGCCAGCAACCGGCGGCUUGCUCGGAAACACCACUGGUGGCACGGGACUAUUCGGUGCUCAACAGCAGACCCAACAGGCUGCUCCUAGUUUAUUUGGCAAUGCUGCUCAGCCGGUUGCAGCUCCAGCUCAACCUCUUAAUGUCACACCUUUCACUCGUAUCAGCGAUCUUCCUGAGCAGUACCAAAAGGAAAUUGAAGCUGUCGAUAGCUAUAUCACCACACAAAUUCGAAUUAGCGACGAAAUCGCUUCAAGACAAGAAGAACACAAGACAAUGGUCACAAGCGUACCGCGAGACGCUAGUUUGCUUUUGCACAAAUUGAAAACAGCAGUCGAGGCUCUUGUUUUCGACGAUUCGCGGUUGCGUGAGCUCAAGGAGAAAGUCCGAGCCACAGCUGGUGAAGCAGAACAUGCGUUUGACGCGUUUAAUAACCUUAGUGCUUCUACCCCUGCUGGGCUGUUACAGCAGCGCGUUGAUCGCCGUAAUGAAAGCUUCCUGCCUUACUUUGCUGACCGCUACAACAUUUUUGCUGAUACUAUUGACCAGCUAGCCGCGGCUAUUCGCGAUGUCAAUAACGCUGUGGCUGACCUCGAACGCCAGGGUCCUGAUGGACCUAGAACCACUACAGACCCGCAGCAGAUUGCCCCAACUCUACGUGACGAAUAUGCUUAUUUUAUGAGCCUAAGUGAUCGUGUGGCUGAGCUACACCAGAGCGUGGAAAGACUCAGGCGCUAA